AUGUGUGACAGGAAGCAGGAGGGCCCUGGUGCCAGGGAGCCAGCCAGGCGGGGACAGAGCAGCCCUUGGGGCCGAUGCUGCUGCCGGCUAAGAGCCCCGCAGAGGUGCUCAUGCCCGCUGCCAUUGGCUCUGUCCCCUGCAGCAUGCGUGCUGUGUCGCCGUGCAGAGGCUGACCCGGACAUCUGUGGUGACAAACUGGAGAAGUGUGGGCUCUGUGCCCACUUUUUCUGCAUGUUUUUCUGCACUCUUCUAUUUCGCCAUGAGAGCAAUCGUGUGGGACUCAUGGGCUUUCUCCCGCGAGACAUCCAAAUUGCUGUCUCGCGGGCGGCACACCAGCACUGCUGCAUCUGCGGCCAGAGCGGGGCAACCAUCAUGUGCUGCAAGGAGGACUGCGGGAGAUGGUUCCACCUGCCCUGUGCCAAGGAGGGCGGCUGUGUCAAUAUAUACAUUAGUCCAUACAGCUCCUUCUGCCCUGAGCACCGUCCAGAGCAGGAUGUGGAGGCGACUCCAGAGCCGGGCACCGAUUGCCUCAUCUGCAUGGAGCCUGUGGAGGAUAGAAAGACCUUCACAACCCUGGUGUGCCCAACGUGCAGAAGGGCCUGGUUCCACAGGGACUGCAUCCAGGGACAGGCCAUGCACGCUGGCCUCUUAUGCCUCCAGUGCCCCCUGUGCAGAGAAGGCCAGGAAUUCAUUGUUGAAAUGCUCGUCUUGGGGAUCCGAAUUCCCAUCAGGUGUGUGUCCUUCUGCCUGGCUCACGAGACAGGAGGGUGCAAGUGCUGUGCUACAGCCAACAUGGGAGGACAAUAA